AGUGGGUGGAGCGAGCGAUUUGAACGCCAGCGGCGCGGACUUCUGCCAAGCACCGGCUCCUGUGAGGCUCGCGGCCCAGCGCUCUCUGGGCUCCCCAGAAGCCAGCCUUUCGCUCCCGGACCCGGCAGCCCGAGCAGGAGCCGUGGGACCGGGCGCCAGCACCCUCCGCGGCGUGUCAUGGGCCCGCGCCGCCGGAGCCGCAAGCCCGAGGCCCCGAGGAGGCGCAGCCCGAGCCCGACCCCCGGCCCCUCCCGGCGGGGCCCCUCCUUAGGCGCUUCCUCCCAUCAACACAGUCGGCGGAGACAAGGUUGGCUAAAGGAGAUCCGAAAGCUUCAGAAGAGCACACACCUCUUGAUAAGGAAGCUCCCCUUCAGCCGCCUGGCAAGAGAAAUAUGUGUUAAAUUCACUCGUGGUGUGGACUUCAAUUGGCAAGCCCAGGCCUUAUUGGCCCUACAAGAGGCAGCAGAAGCAUUUCUAGUUCAUCUCUUUGAGGACGCCUAUCUCCUCACCUUACAUGCUGGCCGAGUUACUCUCUUCCCAAAGGAUGUGCAACUGGCCCGGAGGAUCCGAGGCCUUGAGGAGGGACUUGGCUGAGCUCCUGCACCCAGUGUUUCUGUCAGUCUUUCCUGCUCAGCCAGGGGGGAUGAUACCGGGGACUCUCCAGAGCCAUGACUAGAUCCAAUGGAUUCUGCGAUGCUGUCUGGACUUUGCUGUCUCUGAACAGUAUGUGUGUGUUGCUUUAAAUAUUUUUCUUUUUUUUGAGAAGGAGAAGACUGCAUGACUUUCCUCUGUAACAGAGGUAAUAUAUGAGACAAUCAACACCGUUCCAAAGGCCUGAAAAUAAUUUUCAGAUAAAGAGACUCCAAGGUUGACUUUAGUUUGUGAGUUACUCUUGUGACUGAGGAUUUUGAAAACAUCAGAUUUGCUGUGGUAUGGGAGAGAAGGUUAUGUACUUAUUAUUUUAGCUCUUUCUGUAAUAUUUACAUUUUUUACCAUAUGUACAUUUGUACUUUUAUUUUACACAUAUGGGAAAAAAUAAGACCACUUUGAGCAGUUGCCUGGAAGGCUGGGCAUUUCCAUCGUAUAGACCUCUGCCCUUCAGAGUAGCCUCACCAUUAGUGGCAGCAUCAAGUAACUGAGUGGACUGUGCUUGUCAACAGAUGUGUAGCUUUUCAGAAACUUAAUUGGGGAUGAAUAGAAAAUCUGUAAGCUUUGAUGUUCUGGUUACUUCUAGUAAAUUCCUGUCAAAAUCAAUUCAGAAAUUCUAACUUGGAGAAUUUAACAUUUUACUCUUGUAAAUCAUAGAAGAUGUAUCAUACCAGUUCAGAAUUUUAAAGUACAUUUUCGAUGCUUUUACGGGUAUUUUUGUAGUUUCUUUGUAGAGAGAUAAUAAAAAUCAAAAUAAUUAUUUAAUGAAAAUGGACUUACUGUUACAGCAUAGAGAUUAUACUGUACUUUUUAUGUGUUAAAAAUAAGUUCUUUAUUUGUUUGCAAACAGCCACAAUUUAAACAAGAUAAUUAAGGGAGGUGGUUUUGCCUCUGGUGGAGUAGAGUAUGACUAGAUGAAAACCUUGCCCUUCUGUUGUAACUGAAAGCAAUUUAAAAGAUUUCCAGAGACAUGGGAAGUGUCACCCAAAGAUAUGAGAUCUGUAUGUGAUGAAAAUGAUUAGUGAGGGCAGACUACUAAUAAUGAUGUGUCAGUCAACUGAAUUCAGAGACAGAUUAAAGAGACGCACCAAGUUCUAUUGUUUAAUAAUUUUUUUUUUCCCGAGACAGAGUCUCUGUCUGUCGCCCAGGCUGGAGUGCAGUAGUGCGAUCUCAGCUCACUGCAAGCUCCACCUCCUGGGUUCAAAUGAUUCUCCUGUCUCAGCCUCCCUAGUAGCUGGGAUUACAGGCAUCCACCAUCAUGCCUGGCUAAUUUUUGUAUUUUUGUAGAGACAGGGUUUCACCAUGUUGGCCAGGCUGGUCUUGAACUCCUGACCUCAAGUGAUCUGUCGGCCUCGGCCUCCCAAAGUGCUGGGAUUACAGGCGUGAGCCACCACACCCAGCCUGUUUAAUAAAUUUUAAGCCUUUGGAAAAACCUCUUCCUGUUUGACAUCAGCUUAUUUUUAUGCAGGCAUUCGAAUAAAGCUUAUCUAACCACAAAUA